GCACCUCCCCGCAUCCAAGCCUGUCCCAACCGCUCCGUCUUCCUGGUCCUGCUGAGAACGCCGCUGCACCCGCGGCCGGCGAUGCUGGGUCCCCGCGCAGCAGCGUCGCGCUCGCCCCUGGGCCUGUGCGCCUCGGUGCUAGUGCUGCUGAGCGCGCUGCCUACGGGCACCGGGGCGCAGCCGUACCACGGCGAGAAGGGCAUCUCAGUACCGGAUCACGGCUUCUGCCAGCCCAUCUCCAUCCCGCUGUGCACGGACAUCGCCUACAACCAGACCAUCCUGCCCAACCUGCUGGGCCACACGAACCAGGAGGACGCGGGCCUGGAGGUGCACCAGUUCUACCCGCUGGUGAAAGUGCAGUGUUCUCCCGAGCUGCGGUUCUUCCUGUGCUCCAUGUACGCGCCCGUGUGCACGGUGCUCGACCAGGCCAUCCCGCCGUGCCGGUCCUUGUGUGAGCGCGCCCGCCAGGGCUGCGAGGCGCUCAUGAACAAGUUCGGCUUCCAGUGGCCUGAGCGGCUGCGCUGCGAGAACUUCCCCGUGCACGGCGCCGGAGAGAUCUGCGUGGGCCAGAACACGUCGGAUGGCUCCGGGGGCGCAGGUGGUAAUCCCACCGCCUAUCCUACGGCUCCCUACCUGCCAGACCUGCCCUUCACUGCGCUGUCUCCUUCAGACGGCAGACGCCCCUCUUUCCCUUUCUCCUGCCCGCGCCAGCUGAAGGUGCCCCCCUACCUGGGCUACCGCUUCCUAGGUGAGCGCGACUGCGGCGCCCCGUGCGAACCCGGCCGUGCCAACGGCCUCAUGUACUUUAAAGAGGAGGAGAGGCGCUUCGCCCGCCUCUGGGUGGGCGUGUGGUCGGUGCUGUGCUGCGCCUCGACGCUCUUCACUGUGCUUACCUACCUAGUGGACAUGCGGCGCUUCAGCUACCCGGAGCGCCCCAUCAUCUUCCUGUCCGGCUGCUACUUCAUGGUUGCCGUGGCGCACGUGGCGGGCUUCCUGCUGGAGGACCGCGCGGUGUGCGUGGAGCGCUUCUCCGACGACGGCUACCGCACGGUGGCGCAGGGCACCAAGAAGGAGGGUUGCACCAUCCUCUUCAUGGUGCUCUACUUCUUCGGCAUGGCCAGCUCCAUCUGGUGGGUCAUUCUGUCACUCACUUGGUUCCUGGCGGCCGGCAUGAAGUGGGGCCACGAGGCCAUCGAGGCCAACUCACAGUACUUCCAUCUGGCCGCGUGGGCCGUGCCCGCGGUCAAGACCAUCACCAUCUUGGCCAUGGGCCAGGUGGACGGGGACCUGCUCAGUGGGGUGUGCUACGUGGGCCUGUCGAGCGUGGAUGCGCUGCGGGGCUUUGUGUUGGCACCCCUGUUCGUCUACCUCUUCAUCGGCACGUCCUUCCUGCUGGCCGGCUUCGUGUCGCUCUUCCGCAUCCGCACCAUCAUGAAGCACGACGGCACCAAGACGGAGAAGCUGGAGAAGCUCAUGGUGCGCAUCGGCGUCUUCAGCGUGCUCUACACCGUGCCGGCCACCAUCGUGCUGGCCUGCUACUUCUACGAGCAGGCCUUCCGCGAACACUGGGAGCGCACCUGGCUCCUGCAGACGUGCAAGAGCUACGCCGUGCCCUGCCCGCCCGGACACUUCCCGCCCAUGAGCCCUGACUUCACCGUUUUCAUGAUCAAGUACCUGAUGACUAUGAUAGUGGGCAUCACCACCGGCUUCUGGAUCUGGUCAGGCAAGACCCUGCAGUCGUGGCGUCGCUUCUACCACAGACUCAGCCACAGCAGCAAGGGGGAGACUGCGGUAUGAGCCCCGGCCCUUCCCCCCCCCCCUGCCACUCUAUCCCUUGGCAAGGGGAGAAGCAUGGUAGGGGGAAGAACUGCUUUUUUUUUUUUUUUUUUUUUUUAGGUGGGGGUGAGGCUUAUUUCGUAAGCUACCCUCUCCACUGAGAAUCCACCUAAAAGUAAGAAGUUUUUUGGAACUGGGAAGCCAUUUGGGCCGAGGGAUGGUUUGGAGUAGAGGCUUGGAUGAAAAGGUGGUUUGGAUGAAGAGACUUGCAAGAUGAUGGUGAUGGCGUUGAUGUUGUUAGUUGAGAAAGGUAUUGGCCGGCUAACGCUUAUGGAAAAGAGAGACUAGUGUGAGUUUUUCCCGGCGCCAGAGCUGAGCUGAGUCUGUGCGCCCAGUCCCCUUACUGUCCUCACUCCUGUGAGGCCUGGAGGGAAAGAAAAAAAAAAAAAAAAAGGUAGGGGGCUACGUCUGCAGCAGUGGCUUUGUUGGGAAAAAGGGAGGACCCCCUGCAGAGUCCUUGUCAAGCUGUGGUCAAACCGUAAUCUCUUUUCACUGGGGCCAAACUGGAGCCCAGAUGGGUUAAUUUCCAGGGUCAGACAUUACAGUUCCUUCUCCCUUACUCCCUCCCGCCUGUUUUUCCUCCCUUACUCCUUUCAAGUCUUGUAAAAUCCGCAUUUGGGAGGCCUGGGAGGCCUGCCUGCUAGAGAAUCCUAAUGUGAAGGUGCAGAAGACAUGACGGUUACAUUUCCAGAGAAGGCCAAGGAGAGGAGUCCUAGGUAUUUCUACUACCUUUUUUUUUUUUUUUUUUUUUUUUUUUAAUUUUCUAGGGAAGGCAGGAAAAGGAAAGAGGAGUGUUUCAUUUGGUUUAAUACCCUGAAAAGAAGUGAUGACUUGUUGCUUUUCAAAACAGGAGAGCAUUUUUCCCCCCCGUGUCUUUGUUGUAAGAGACAAUGGAGGAAACAAAAGUGUCUCCCUGUGCAAAGGCAUAACUGUGAAGACAGCAACGUUUAUAGGCAAAGCAGCGCCAAUCCAUCAGGGCUUCCCUCUGGUUGAGAAUUUGUUUAAGAUAAACAUUCCUUUUUAAGGAAAAGUGAAGGGCAGUGUGCUUCAUACCCAUUCAGCCAGAGGUUCUGACUUGGAUAAAGGAAAUGCAAGGGGUUUUGUUGUUUGUUUUAAACACAUUUAAUGCAGAACACAUGAUCUAACAGACUCUGUGAAAGUGUCCAGUGAAAUCUCUCCAUCUUUUUUCCUUGCUAUAAGCCUGCAUUUAGGUUUUCUUUCUGUUUUUCUACUCCAGUUGGUGUCCUUCGAGAUAAAAAGAAACUGCAGAAUGCCUUCAGCAUCACAAUAAAGGCAAAUUAAAUUUUGGAAAAAAAAAAAGGAUUAAG